AUGGGUGACCCGACCGAAGACUGGGUUCUCUCACUUGUGCUGAACAGGUCAAGUGGAUAUCGUCACUCUUAUUUCGGAUCCCAUGGACGGAGAUCUCGAGGACAUAUCGGAGUCUUUUCAGAACAAGGUGAAACUUGGGGCUUGGCCAGAACGUCACACGUCCCAAGGCUCAAAAGGCUGCAAGAGUGUAUCAGCCGCAGACGGGCAGACCACAGUAUACCACUUUCAUUUUUGGAGAAGUGGAAUGACAGCUCUUACAACAUCAAGAUUUGA